AAAUACCCCAUUCACUCAAACACAUGCAUUCAGACCAUUGUCAGGACACGAGAAGAGUCGGGUGCUGUGAGACAGCUUAAAAAGUCAACUUCGGCUUUUAAAACACAGAACUACAAGUCAAACUUCAGCGAGAGACUUAUACUAACAAGGACUAUGACUGCGCAACACAUGAUGGCCAUUUUCUGGGGAGUAUGCUUGUUGAUUUUAAGACAGAUGACAUACGGCGAGGCCAGCGUCCCUGAGAACCUGGACAAGAGCAUCGACGAGCUUAAAGUGCACUAUAUUAAAGAUGACAGUGAGCUACACAAUGCACAUCCUGUCUUCUUACGUUUCCUAAAAGACAUAAAGGUGACUCUUGAGGAACCUGAGCAGAAUCUUUUGAUGAGCAUCAUAAUGGACACAUACAGUAGGAUAUUCACUCGCAUGCAGAAGGAUAGUAAGGACAAACCUACCAAAGAAAGGCUGGCACAUGUUCAAGAGCAUUUGAAAAAACUGCAAGAAAACUACUUCCCAGGCAAAAGUGCAGAGCUCAAGACGUAUGCAGAAACCCUUUGGUCGAUCAAGGAAGAUGACCCAGUCGUCCAGCACAAAGCAUUGUUCGAACUGAAGCGUGUCUACAGAGAAGCAACACAGCUGAGAAACCUGAAGAACAAAGAGCGCAGGAGACGACAAACCAAAAUCACAAGAAGCAAAAGUCUUAAUAAAUCUUGAUCACCAUUUAAAAGAAUGGUGGAAUAUCAGUGUUAUUUAUUCUAUUUAUGAAGAUGAAUGUCCAUAAACACACAUUGUGUACAACAGAUAUUUGUUGAAAUUUACAUUAUUUAUUUGUUCUUAUUUAUUUAAAAAAGCACUGUAAACCUAUUGCUAGUAACAUAGCAAAAUGUGUAAAGUCUAUGACUCAAUAAAAUAUUUUUAAAUAA